GAUUUCCUUCUGCAAUCCAACAUUCACAUCAUCUUUACCUCUAUCAAUACUCAUACGGUUUGCAUUCUUGUCUUCAGUUUCAAUGGACCUCAUUCUAUGUGCUCUCCUCUUAAGCCUUGCACUUGCAUUCUCCCACCUUGUCUCUGCAAAUUUUUACAAUGACUUCGAUAUCACAUGGGGAAAUGAUCAGGCUAAGAUACUUGACAAUGGCCAACGCUUGCAGCUUACUCUCGAUCAGUCCUCAGGUUCAGGGUUCCAAUCCAAGAAUGAAUAUCUAUUUGGCAAGAUUGAUAUGCAAAUCAAGCUGGUGCCUGGUAACUCCGCCGGUACUGUUACUGCAUACUAUCUCUCGUCACAAGGGGAUAAACACAAUGAAAUAGACUUCGAGUUCCUGGGAAAUCUGUCUGGAGAUCCCUAUAUUAUGCACACCAAUGUUUUCUCACAAGGAAAAGGCGGUCGGGAGCAGCAAUUCUACCUUUGGUUCGACCCAACAGCAGACUUCCACACUUACUCCCUGCUCUGGAAUCCCCAACAAAUUAUGUUUUCUGUGGAUGGAACUCCAGUGAGAGUGUUCAAGAACAGCGAAGAUUUGGGCGUUGCAUAUCCGAAGAAUCAAGCGAUGAGAAUAUACUCAAGCCUGUGGAACGCAGACAAUUGGGCAACCAGAGGCGGUGCAGUGAAGAUCGACUGGAGCAAAUCUCCAUUUGUGGCAUCUUAUGGAAAUUUCAAAGCAGAGACAUGCUCUGCCUCCUCUGAUUGCUCUGUGAAUUCAUGGUAUGGUGCAGAGGCGUUGGAGUCGAGUGAGCAGCAGAAACUUGAAUGGGUGCGCGAAAACUACAUGAUUUACAAUUACUGUUCGGACAGUAAAAGGUUUCCACAGGGCUUCCCUGCUGAAUGCACUCGCUAGGCAUUCGACUGAGUUCGAAGGAUUGAGAUACAACUAGUUUCACCAAAUCCAUUAAUUCAAUUCUUUUAUUCAUUCAUUUUUUGUAGCGAUUUUCAAGCCCAAGAGGCUAUACUUGUAACUAUUAGAUCCCGGUCAAUUGAAUAUGUAUCUCAAUAUUCAUUUUUUAGCA